AUGAAGACGCACCUUGCACGCCUCUAUAGUCACCAGUUUCUCCUCGGGCCUGUCGCAGCAAAGUCGGCUUCCCGUCCCUCGACACCCUCGCUACGCAACUUCUUCACCUCGACGCAACUUUUGACUCGAUCAAGAGUCCGACAUCCGCGCCUCCCGCACAUCGCUCUUCUACCCCUCCGCCUUCAGUGCUCCGCUCUCGCCCGCCGCUUCCGGUCCAUACGAUGGAAAAGCGACAAAUCCAGGUCGAAUCACGUCGACCCUACGCCACAUCUAGGCAGCCCCGAACCAGCACUAUCAAUAUCACAGCGUCUUAAGCAGCUAUCCAAAGAGUACGGAUGGACUGCGGUCGGCGUCUAUCUUGGCCUGUCUGCCAUUGACUUCCCUGUCUGCUUUCUGGCAGUCCAGCUGUUAGGCACAGAGAGGAUUGGACACUACGAAGAUUUAGUCAAGAAUGCAUUCUGGAGUGUUGUACGACUCGCAUUUCCCAAUGCAGGCAGAAAAACGCCAGAAGAAAUCGCUGCCAAGGAGGCGGAGAAGGCCGCCGAGGCCAGUGCAAGAGAGGGCUACGUCAACGCUGACGGUGUCCUUGUGCGUCCGACCAACGCAGAUGCUUCGAUUUGGACCCAGCUCGGUCUGGCAUACUUAGUACACAAGUCCUUGAUCUUCAUCCGAGUACCAUUGACCGCGGCCGUCCUUCCCAAAGUCGUCAAGACACUCAGAGGAUGGGGAUACAACAUUGGCAAGAAGAAGCCAAAGAAAACUGCCCCGUAA